GCAGCUGCAAUAUCAGACAUUAAGAGACCAACUCUUUAAACUAAAAGAACUUAGAAGAAAGAAGGAAUCACAAAUCGAAUAAAAUGAAGUCAUUCUUGGCAAUAACUUUUCUAGCCGUAGUGGGUUUGGCUUGUGCUUUCAAAUCACCCGAUGAAGUUCAAGCCGAAGCCUUGGCUUAUGUCGAAGAUCAAAUUACUUUGUUGCUGCGAAAACCUGCCAUUGGCCGCAGUGGCGGAGGUUUGGCUUGCUAUGACAAAUACAUACCCCUAAUAACAGCGGCCACUGAAAAUUCGAAAAAGGACACUACCAUCUGUGUGCAACGAGCCUCCUCACAACGUGAAGAUGAAUCGAAUAAGGUUAAGCAACAGCGUACCACCUUGAACCAUCAAGUGGAAUCUGUGCAGGAACUCUUCAAGGAUUGUUCAAAACACACUGACGACUUAAGAUACUUGAGUUGUAUUAGAGAUAAUUCGCAAGUUUUGCAAUCUACUGUGCAGCAAGUCAGUUCCUCUGCCACUUCAUUGGCAAAUGGCCUAUCGACGGCCUAUACCAAUAUUGCCAGCGCUGAGGAUCGCUGCACUCAAACUGUUUUGGAGAAGGUGAAGGCUGACACAGAUGCCCUAACGGGAGCAUUGCAAAAUUGUCUAAUGAAUGGCUUCGAUGAGCCACAACCAGAGUUACCCACAACUACAGCGCCAGACAUGGGUGAGGCUGCAACAGAAUUAGCCCAAUAAAUUGGGGGAGAGUUCCAUAACAGCUAUGUUAGAAAAAAAAAAGUUUUUUGAAUACAUUUUUAACUAAAUAAAAAUA